CAUGUGAUAGUAAUCCACGUCUGCGAAAUGAUGUUUGCGUAGUCUGUCAAAUUGGUGUGAUGUGCUUGAAUAUUGUUUCCUCUUGGAAUGGAUUUAGAAGAGGCAUUUCAACUAGUCGGAGAAUUCGGAUCAUAUCAGAAGCAGAUGGUGUUGGUUCUUGUGUUGCUACAGGUGUAUAUGGCAUGCCAGUCCAUGCUCAUUGUGCUCAUUGGCGCUAUACCAGAAUACCACAUUGAACAAGGUGACCACUCCAACUAUGAGGAGCUCAUCAAACACGUUACAUUUACAGAGGAUGUCAACUCCAUCGUGACAGAGUGGUUCCUUCUAAAGCAACAGGCUUACAAGGUCAGCUUGGCAGGCUCUUUGUUCUUCGCUGGGGUCUUGAUUGGAAAUGUGUUUUUUGGACCCCUCUCUGACAAGAUUGGAAGGAAACCAGUCUUCCUAACAGCUCUGUUCUUUGAGGUGGUGUUUGGCUAUGCCACAGCCUUUGCUCCCAGCUAUGAGGUGUUUGCGUUGUCGCGCCUGCUGGUGGGUCUGAUGAAUGGGGGUAUGUCCCUCGUCUGUUUUGUGCUCACCCAGGAGUAUGUGGGCAAGGCCUACUGGGCCAUGACAGGGACCUUGACUAAUAUGACCUUUGCUGUGGGUAUUGCCCUGUUUGGUGCCCUUGGCUACUAUAUCAGACCAUGGCGUACCCUGGCAACAGCAGCUAAUUCUCCUGGCGUCCUGUUUUUUCUACUUUGUGUGACUCUCCCGGAGUCUCCACGCUGGCUGUAUUCCCGUGGUUACACGGAGAGGGCGGAGGAGGUUUUGCAGUACAUAGCUGUGCGGAAUGGGAACAGCAAUGCUGCAGCCAAAGUAAAGCUCCGUAUGUGUCCUGGCUCUAGACUGACUGGUAACCAGGGCAACAAUGGCCCUGGCUUCCUCGACCUGUUCACCCACACAGUGCUCCGCUGGAGAACCGUGGUGCUCAUGUAUGUCUGGUAUUCCUGCAGCCUGGUGUACUAUGGGCUGACCAUGAAUGCCAGUGAGGAAAGUGGGAACCGCUACUUCAGUGUUGCCAUGUAUGGACUAGUGGAGCUCCCGGCCUACCCUCUCUGUAUCUAUUUCAUAAACAAGCAGUGGGCUGGGAGAAGGAAAACCAUGGCCAGCUUUCUGGGUUUAGCUGGCUUGUCAUGUCUAUGCACCAUGUUGGUCCCAGUAACUGCUGGGCCGGUGUUCAAUGCUACUUCUUUAGCUUUGUUAGGAAAGCUGUUGGUCAGUGCGGCUUUCAACAUAGUGUAUGUCUACACUACUGAACUGUACCCCACUGUUGUAAGGAACGCUGGUCUUGGGGUCUGCUCAAUGUCUUGCAGAGUCGGAGGGAUCCUGGCCCCUUUUGUGCCCUCUAUGAGAGACUUACACACCUCUAUGCCCUUCCUGGUGUUCUGUCUCAGUGGGAUCUCUGCUGGCUGCCUGGGUCUCCUUCUCCCUGAGACACUUAACAAACCCAUCUCAGAGACACUGGAGGAGCUCAGCAGCCCUGCUUACCACCGCAUUGUAGAGACCAAGACUUCCAAUAGUUGAGACGGGAUUGAGAAGGAUGGUCAGACACACUUGUUUGAAGAGGACCAAUCGAAAACCAACCACAAUCAGUGACUCACUCUUUGAACAAGAGAAGUCAGAGGCAAUCCGACAGGAGAGACUCUCGAAGCCUGUCCACACACAAGUGCUUUCUCACAAGGGAUCCGAUGUGCUCUGUUUCCAUGGUGAAGCAAGGACGGGUCAUGCCGUGAUGGAUGGUGGUCCAUUUCUACAGGGAACGGCAUAUGUUUACAAUGUUUUCGUGUUAUUUUGUUUCUCUCUUUGUAUGUGUGUGAUACUUUUUGUACUUUACAGUGAAAAUCGCAGUUUAUCAAAUGGUAUCAAAUGGAAGAGAACUACAAUUACUGCCAAAGUUUUCAGUUUCUACUUUGCCAAGUAGUCAUUGGGGCCUAAUUUAUAAUUGUUGCGUACAUUUAACACUAAAUAGCCACGUGCGCCAUUUCUGAAAACUGCACGCACAAAAAUAUUGAGGUUUAUUAACUUGGCACACGCCAUUCAUAUGCAGGUUUCCCAUUGUAAAUCAGACCUGUCAUAAAACUGAAUGAGCAUUUACUCCACCUGAAAAACGCCCAUCAUUCACCUUUUGUGAGGACAAUAACGCCCUUAUUUUCUGUAUAGUUUGGAAGUAUUGGAAUUAGGCCAAGACGAUAUCUAAAGGAAAUAGCAAUGGUGACCUUGAUCACAUGUCUUUGGAGGGAUUGGCCAAAUGUUUGUAUUGCUAUUUCUUUUAGAUACCGUCUUGGCCUAAUUCCAAUACUUCCAAACUAUACAGACAACAAGGGCGUUAAAAGGUUAAUGAUGGGUGUUUUUCAGGUGGAGUAAAUUUGGGGUAUUUGACAUUUUCUGAAAGACAAAAACAGUUGCAUGUUUUUGUGGACCUAUAAACGGAUCGUUUAAUUAUCCUUUUCCCGAACCUAAAUAUGCUGCACUGCCCGCGAAUUCUGAUACAUUGUCUACUCUGUCAAAUGUGAACAGUGACCUUAGUGGUAGCUUACACACGUCAACGCAAAAUAUCAACUGUCUGUUCACCUGUCAAAUUCUACUGUAUGUUAUAAACCGCGCACCCUGUCGGAUACAUAGGCUAUUAAAAUGUUGCUCUACCUAAUAAUCCCAGUUAAAUGAGAGAUGCGUGUGGUAAUUUGUUGUAUGUCUACUACAAGAAUAUAAACUCAUCAUGGCCAGAGAAGGUGAGGAAUUUAUUCUGCAAUGGUUGAUAUGUAUUAUGUUUUAUAAAUUAAAUAUCUACACUAGACAUUUCACAUUACAGUACUCGGACGUAGCCUGUGAACCGUCUGUUUAUACUGUUAAACUGCGCUUCAGAUCGCAUAGAGCAAAAUAGGCUGCUUGAAAUAGCUUAUCUAUUUACUACUGGGAAGUGGGUACAAUUUUAAAUGAGUGAUAGACUACCAUUCGUCCCAUCUUAACUUGUUGUCGGCCUGUAGGCUAUUUCGAAACCAUCAAAGGUGAAAUGAUUGUGGAAAUUAAAUAAAUAAUAGAAAAUA